AUGCAACUUAGAUAUUUUGGUAAUCUAAUUCCUCCUGUAGAUGGUAUGUAAAAAAUAUCAUCUGUUUCAUGGGCUCCAAACGGCAAACGUUUAGCAGUUUGUACAGCUGAAAGAGUUGUACAUAUAUUUGAUGAAUAAGGAAACAAAAAAGAUAAAUUUCCUACAAAGCCGUCUGAUAAAGGGUAAAAAACUUAUGUAGUUCGUCAAAUAGCAUUUUCUCCUGAUUCAGACAAGAUAGCUAUAGCCCAAUCCGACAACAUUGUAUUUAUAUACAAAGUCGGCAAAGAAUGGGGCGAUAAAAAAUCUAUAUGUAACAAAUUCCCAACGUCGUCAUCUGUAACAACUUUAACUUGGCCCCAUGGUCGUUAAGGAGAAGUAAUAUUCGGUCUAGCAGAAGGAAAAGUCCGUGCAGGUAUUGUCCGAACUAAUAAAUCAUAAGUUGUUUAUAGUACUGAAAGUUAUGUAGUAAGUCUUGCCAGUUCUCGAGAUGGUGAAAGUGUAGUUAGUGGUCAUUUGGACGGAUCUAUAUAUGCAUAUCAUAUAGAGAGUUAAACUACUCAAAAAGUAAUUACUCAUCAUUCUAUUCCAUAUGCUCUUGGGUGGGGCGAAUAGAUUGUAGCGGCUGGAAAUGACGCUAAAGUCAGUUUUUAUGAUUUAAAUGGGAAUCUUUUGCAAAGGUUUGAUUAUAAUAAUGACGAUAAAAUUAAAGAAUUUACUUUUGCGGCCUUCAACCCCGCUGGAGAUACAGUUGUUUUAGGAAAUUAUAAUAGGUUUUAUAUUUAUAAUUAUAAUUAGAGAAGAGGGUAAUGGGAAGAAAUAGGUAUUAAACAUAUCGAAAAUUACUAUACAGUAACUGCUUUAGGUUGGAAAAACGAUGGGUCGAAACUGGUAACAGGAAGUUUAUGUGGAUCAGUAGAUUGGUAUGAUGCUUCAAUGAAAAAAAUAAAUUAUAAAGGAAAAUUCGAACUUAAUUAUGUAUCUCCUAGUUAAAUAGUCAUCAAGAGUCUGAAUUCAGGCAAAAAAUCUGUUGUAAGAAGCAAUUUAGCAGGCGAAAUUAAUAAAAUUAAUAUUUUUUAAGAUAAAUUUGCAGUUGCUAAUACACAUGAAACUAUUAUUGUAGCUGAUUUGGAAACGGAUAAAUAGUCAGAAAUACCUUGGAGGAAUGACGGUAAGGAAAAAUAUGAUUUUUCAAAUCCAGGAGUGUGUAUGAUAUAUAGUGGAGGUGAAUUAACUUUAUUAGAAUUCGGAAAUAAUGAGCCUUUGGGUAAUUGUAGAACUGAACAUAUGAAAAGUAAUCUUAUUUCAGCUAGAUUGAAUUAUACAGGAAAUAAAUAAACGAAAAUGAUUGCUUAUCUAUUGGAUAUGCAGACUAUCUAUAUUCAAGAUUUGAGUAAUAACACUACUGUGGCUUAAAUAUUACAUGACUCAAAAAUUGAUUUCAUUGAACUUAAUGCCCAUGCAAAUAAGUUGCUUUUUAGAGAUAAGAAAAGAUAGCUUUAUUUAUUUAAUAUUAAAAGUUAAAUGAAAAAUACACUUUUAAGUUAUUGUAGUUAUGCCUAAUGGGUACCUGAUUCGGAAGUCGUAGUUGCUUAAAAUAGAUAAAAUUUGUGUGUAUGGUACUCUAUUGAAAAUCCUGAUAAAGUCACUAUUUACAACAUUAAAGGCGAUGUAGAAUCUAUUGAAAGAAAUUAAGGAAAAACCGAAGUUAUAGUAAAUGAUGGGGGGAAUCCAGUUGCUUAUUCUUUAGACGAGUCUUUAAUUGAAUUUGGCUUUGCAAUUGAAUCAGAAGAUUUAGAAAAAGCUGCGACUAUUCUAGAUCCUCUAGAAAUGAAUGCAGACACAGAAGCUAAUUGGAAAACAUUGGCCAAAUUCGCCCUCUAAUAAUAGAAUAUAAUGGUCGCAGAGCAUUGUUAUGCCGCUUUAGGGGAUAUAUGUAAAGCAGCCUAUUUGAGGAAAAUAAAUAAACUAAUUCAUGAGAAUAAAGAGGGAAUGGAGAAUUAUAAAGUAUAAGCAAAAUUAGCUAUUUUAGAUAAAUAAUUCCAUAGAGCAGAAGCAAUUUUACUAGAUCACGAUGAAGUAGAAGAAGCCAUGGAAAUGUACUAAGAGCUCCACAAAUGGGAUGAAUCGAUAAAAAUUGCAGAAAAAAAAAAUCAUCCUUAGAUUAAAGAAUUAAAAGAAAACUAUUAUAUGUGGCUAAUUUAAACAAAAUAAGAAGCCAAAGCCGCAGAAGUAAAAGAAGGAGAAGGAUAACUUUUAAAAGCAAUAGAAUUGUAUCUAUAAGGAAAUCUACCAGCAAAAGCAGCUUAUGUAGUAUUUAAUUACAAUACUAGUUUUCCACAAGAAGUUCUCGAAAAUAUCGCUAAAGCACUUUGUGGUGCAGGAAUGUAUGAAAGAGCAGGUGAAUUUUAUGAAUAAAUGGAAUAAUUUAAAAAAGCUUUAGAAAUGUACAUAAAUGGAAAUUCUUAUAAAAAAGCUAUUGACUUAGCUAAAAAAGUGGAUGCAAAAUUAGUUGUUUAACUAGAAGAAAAAUGUGGUGAUUGGUUAGUUUCUUAAAAAUAAACCGAAAACGCAGUAAAUCAUUACAUAGAAGCCGGUUGUUACUAAAAAGCAAUUGAAGCAUCUAUAAACUCCCGCCAAUGGAGUAAAUCAAUAUAGCUUCUUCAACACUAAAGCCCUGAAGUAGCCCGCCCUUUUUAUAAAUAAAUCGCUAAACACUACUCAGAUGUCCGCUAAUAUGAUUUCGCUGAAAAAUAUUAUUUAAAAGCCGGUUUACCAGUAGAUGCUUUCGAAAUGUAUGCCAAAGCUUCCAAAUGGGACCAUGCUUUGAAAGUUGCUCGUGAAAAUUUACCUGAAAAUGAAAUUGUGAAUCUUUAUGUAAAAUAAGGUUAGAAAUUUUAAUAAUAAGGAAUGUUGAAGGAAGCAGGAAAAUUAUAUUGCACAGUUGAUGAAUAUGAUAGGGCUAUUGAUAUGUACUAAAAAUCUGAGCAAUAUGAAUCAGUUAUUAGGAUAAUAUCUAAAUAUAGACCAAAGUAAUUAAAAGACGCGCAUAUGUAAAUUGGACAAAGAUUAUAGAAAAUAGGAAACUAUAAAUAAGCUGAACAUCAUUAUAUAGAAGCUGGGGCUUGGAAUGUGGCUGUUGAGAUGUAUUAGUAAAAUAAAGCUUGGGAAGAUGCAGUUAGAUGCUGUAAAUUAUAUGGAUCGGAUAAAGAAACAUGUGAAUUAGCUAAAUAAUGGGCUGAAAUACUCGGACCAGAUGCCGGAAUGAAAAUUUUAUUAAAGUAUAAUUUAAUAGACGCCUUAAUUGAGUACUUGUGUGAUAGAAAAGAAUUCGAAGAAGCCUUUAAAAUGACUUCUAAAGCCAUUCAUAAGAAGCCUGAUGUACAUUUAAAGUAUGCAUUUGAAUUGGAAGAUACUAAGAGGUACAAAGAAGCUGAAGAAAAUUUCAUUAAGGCAGGAAAACCAGAAGAAGCAAUAAAUAUGUAUGAGCAUUUAGGUGAUUUUUAGGCUGCUUUAUAGGUAGCGAAGAUACAUUAGAAAUAAAAUAUUGGAAUGAUUUUGAUGAAUCAGGCUAGAGUUUUUAUAGAAAAAAGAGAAUAUAAAAAAGCUGAAAAUUGCUUUAUUUAGGCUAAAAAACCAGAACUAGCAGUCAAGAUGUAUAAGGAUAUUAAUAAUUUCUAAGAGGCGUUUAGAGUUGCAAAGAAAGAUGCACCUCAUUUAGUUUAAGAAUUGAAUUAAUAAUUUAAUUAAGGAGGUUCUGGUGGAUAAUAAGGAGGAAAUUAGGGACCUUUGUCAGGUGAAGAUCUUAUUAGAAGUGCAAAAGUUUCAGAAGAAUGUAGAGAUUAUUCGAAAGCUAUAGACUCUUAUUUAGAUGUUACUGUUGAUAAUUUUGAUGAUUAAGAAAUUAUUGAAAAAGUAUGGAAUAGAGCAAUUUAAUUAGCUUAAAAUAAUUGCAAAGAAAGACUGACGGAAGUUGUAAAAAUUGUCGCUAAGAGAUUAAGAGAUUUAGGAAAGUUUAAAAAUGCUGCAAAUCUUUAUGAAAAUUACAGUAUGUUUAAAGAAGCUGUGGCUUGUCAUGUAGAAUCUAAAAACUAUAAUAGAGCUAAAGAGUGUGCUUAAUAAGUUAAUAAUUAAGAGCUUCGUACUUAAAUGCUUGAAUAUAUCGAAUAAAGUGAAAUGUAAUAUUUAGAAUAAGAAGGAAAAGGAGAAGAUUUCAUUUAAAAAGGAAAAGUUGAAUAAGGUUUAGAUAUGAUUGUUUAAAAAGGAGAUUGGAAAUAAGCAUUGGAUAGAGCUGCUAAUGCCGGAGGUGAAAUAUUAGCUAAAUAUUUAAGAAGGUAUGCUAAGUUUACAAUGGAAAAAGGUUCUUUUGGUGAAACUAUAGAAGCUUAUUCUUAAUACGGAAUGUAAUUAAUACCUGAAAAUUAUAAAAUAUACAAAACUUUGGCUUUGGAAAUAUUCGUAGAAUGUGAUUCUAAAGAAAUAUAAAAUUUACGUUCUUCCCUAUAUAACUUUUACAGAUUAUUAUAAGGUGCUAAAGAAGAAAAUUCAGCUGCUGGAAAAUAAUUCCAUAAAUAUUUAAUGGUGGCCCAUUUAUUGAACUUAAAAUCACAAUAUGAGAAGAAAAAUAUGUCUAAAUUACAUCAAAAAUUAAGUGUUUGUUUAUUAAGAUAUUGCGAAUUAGUCAGAAUAGACAAACUUUUUUAUGAGGCAGGAGUGUCAUGUUAAAAAUAAAAUUAAUUAACAUAUGCAUUUGUUAUAUUGAAUAGAUAUUUAGAUAUAUAUGAAGCUAUUUAAGACCCUGAUGGAAAUGAUAUGGGAGAUAAUUCUGGAUUUUUAAAUACUGAUAUUCCUUCUCCUUAUGAUGUUCCUUUGCCUGAAAAAAAUAUAGUUGAUUAAUAAAAAAUUGAGGCUAUUAGAAAUUGGGUUUUAGAAAUUAGCUAUAAUUAAAAGGUUGAGAAAGAUUUCCCUCUUAGAUAAUGUGAAAGCUGCAAAAACUAAAUUUAUGAAUGUUGUGCUACUUGUCCGAAAUGUAAAAAUGAAAGUGAUAUAUGUGUACUUACUGGUAUGCCGUUGCUUAAAGGUACUUUUACAAAUUGUAGAAGUUGUGGAAAAGGAGGACUUAAAGAAUAUUGGAAUAUUUAUUUGUAAAACUUUGCUAAUUGUCCUUGGUGUAAUAAUCCACCUAAUUGA